UAAUGGAGAUGGGAGAAACUGUCUGACUACACAAUUUGGUAUAGAUGUGGCCAUUACUUCUCGAUGACAGUGCACAAGAAUGUGUAACAGAGAUUUCUGUGUAGCACGACUCUCAGUGCACACGAUGUACGACUCUCACUGUAGCAAGGGAAGUAACGCCGGUGGUGUCCUUCUCGAGUUGUCCUUCCGUCCACCGAAAACAAAGUUUGUCUUUUGUUUGUGUCUCCUUUGUCAUAAGCUUCUCUAACUUGUAACCGAGCUCAGCAACUUUGUGGGGAGAAAAAUAAAGCAAGAACACGGGCAGACAAAAUAAACAUCAAAUGCCUUCAUCAAAGAGAGCUGUUGUCGUAACAGGAUUUGGUCCCUUUGGGAGCCACAAGGUCAAUGCAAGCUCUGUCACAGUGAAAAUGCUAGAAGAAGAAGGACUAGGUAAUGAUGAUGUGGAACUAGUUGUUACUGAGCUGCCAGUGGCUUACAGGGAUGUGAAAGACAUAAUCCCUUGGCUGUGGAAAAAAUAUAACCCUUUGUUGGUGGUACAUGUGGGGGUGUCUGGGAUUGCCACAGAACUGACUUUAGAGCAGUUAGCUCACAACGAUGGCUAUGAUAAACAUGACAUACAUGGAAUGUGUCCAUCCUCCAACAACUGUGUAGAUGAUGCUUGUGAUCAGAUCAUCGUCUCAGGAAUUAACAUGGAGCAUGUAUGUCAGGCAGUCAAUUCUUCGGGUGGUGCUGUGAAAGCAGUUGUUUCUCAAGAUCCUGGCAGGUACCUUUGUGAUUUCUCCUAUUUCACAUCACUUCAUAUCAACCGCUCAUGUGCAGCCUUUGUCCAUGUUCCACCUCUAGACAUGCCAUACUCAGCUAAAGAUCUGGCAGAAGGUCUGCGACAGGCAAUCAAUGCCAUGCUAGGACAAGUGAUACAGCAGUGACUAGGCACCAUAUUUUAGUGGUCACCGGAGUAUCUGCAUAAUGUUACUUUUUUGUGAUGGAUAGAUUUAACCUGAAAAAGCUUUUUUUUAUCUGGAUACAGUAUUUAGGGUAUGGUGAUUACUUGAUUUUUAAAAUGUGAUUUUAAAUAUUGUGAUACUAAAAUUUUAAAGAACAGUUUACAGUAGCAGAUUUUAUGGAGGACGUGUCCUUGUGACAUUUUGAAAAAAGGAGAUAGUUUUUAAAUAUUUCAACAGCAGUGGAGGUGAAGGCCUUAAAGGGGAUGAUGCAAUCUUUUUAAAACCCAUUUGUGUUAGGUCAUCACAAGGUUUUUUUAAAACAAUUUCUGUUGAUACAUCACUAAAACAUUUUGAAACAAGAUUUUUGAACAAGAAUCCUGUCAAUAAAUCGUGGGUGCAUACCCAUCCAUGCUUUUGGUAAUAACAAUUUUGAUAUGUACGUGAGACACCUGACACCAAUCAACAGGCAUCCAUGAUUUUUUUAUGGUGCUCAUAUUGGAAAUGUCAGUAUUUUAUGUUAUCUGAGCAUAUUCUUUAAGAUGGAGUUUAUUUUUACGUCUUCUUCUGCAGAAAGUGUGUUAUCUCUUUUGGCUUGUCGUCAUCACUUUAUAUUACUCGUUGAAACAAUUUUACUAUUAUAUGGAUCAUAGCCAUCUCCUUUAUGGCACAUUGGAUCAUGUACUGAUACACAGAGACAUGGGCAUACCUAUUUACGUAUAUGCAUCUACAUGAUCAAGCAUAAAGGAGUAAGAGAUGAUGAAAUAAUUGCUUUCUUGGUGUUUCUCUUCAACCAUCUUAGGGUAAGUCCUCAUUUUAGGGGUACUUGUAAGGCAGUGGGAGAUUUCAGAUAGACCUUAGCCUAGCAGCCGUACAAUUCAAAAGAUCCUUGGUAAAAUGAUACAUGUUGUAGGGGAGAGAUUUUCUGGUGUUAUUAAAGUUGCAAAUGUAUCCCCAAUGGUACAGUUACAGCUGUAUGCUCCACUUUAUGCUCCUCCAAGGGAGGGGGAUUAAAGGAAUAAUAAGAUGUACCCCCAAUAUAUGGAUUAGGGAAAAACGCUUAUUUUUAUUUACCAAAAUCUUUUGACAUUCAUCCAUUUUGCAGUGUAGCUUUUUUUUUUUUAAUUGCUGCAAUGUCCCAUCAUUUUUUUUAAUUACUGCACACAAAAAAAUCACUGAAAUUGUUUCUCGUGAUUUACAUCUGCAUUAAAGAGGCUACCAUGGUUCACUUGUUUUAUAUAUAUAGGCACUUCUGGGUGAUUGGUGAAAGGAAAAAGAUUUUGCAUUUUAAAAUACAAGUGGCCUGGUCCACUGAAGAUAGAUCAUUUGAGUUACAUUGUUCUACAAGGGAAGCUACGUAGAAUAGAAUUUAGAUUAAAUGAUCUCCAAAAGUGAAAUUUACAUAAGGUCAGCUGGUGUUAAGGGAGGUUAGCUACUUGGAAUGACUGAUCACUUGAAUUAGGCAUGUGAAUCCUGAUUACGUGAUGAAUUACUGCCAAGAUUAACUAAUUUUAUGGACGCAUCUUGUUUGAAAAGGGUGAUGUUCUCAUGAAACAGAUAAUUAUUACAUCCAAAAGGGUUAUUGAUAUAUAUAUAUAAUUUUUGCUUUCAUUAGUUUAAGAAGAAACAGGUGUUGGAAUCUCUGCAUUAUAUAUUAUUGUACUCAAAGGUGCAGAAAAUAUCUGUCCAGAAGUGUUGUUUUCAUGUUAAGCAAAUUUCUACUUUCCUUGAGGGUAUAUUCUCAUGUGCAGCUAUCCAGAUAUCUAUUUUUCAGAAAAAUCAUACAUUCAGUGCUUAAAAUGUUCUUGAGCCAAGAUUGUGUAAUAAAAGCUGAUCACAAGUUGGCUGAUCAUAUAGUGCUUUCGUUUUACACUUGCAAUGCAAAUUUUAAAUGUCUCUUCAAAAUUGUUUAGAUUUCAGAAAUCCUGGUAGGGUAACCUUUGCUUCAGUUCAUUAAAAAUGCAAAUUCAUAUUAAAAUUGUUCUUUAGCCUUGUUGCAAAGAUUUCAGAAAUCCUAGCAGUGUACCUUUUGUUUCAGUUUGAAAAAUACAGACUGAAUUCAUAUUGUUGCUUCUUGAAAAAUGCUAUUAAGUUAGCUUCUUCAGAUGCAGUAGGAGAGGGGUUAUUAAUUUUGAAAACUGGUAAACCUCUCCUGAUCUUAACAUGCAGUUAUUUCAUAAUAUAGUCACAUGGUGUAAUUUUCCUGAAUAUUGUAUUGGCAUUUUGGACCAUUUAUGUUGUAAGUCUAGAUUGUGACACAUUUUGAAAUGCCUGCCUUUAGCAAGAUAUCAAUGGCAAGUGGAGUUGCUCAUGAUACUGCACACAGCUAACAGCUAGUACUUUGAACACAUUUAACUGGUGAUUAAACAUUGUUGAUCAGCUUUAAUCACUAUCCAAAGCCAGCAGGUUAACAGCAACAUUUGUUGGAAUUUUUUAGCAAAGUAAAAUCCAAAAUUUAAUGCACUUUAAGGAAGUCAUUUUUACAUACAAAUUGUAAUCAAGAAGCCAUUUUCUUUUUUCAUUACUUGCAGUGGUGCCUGCUUGUCAAUGACUUGACAAUACAGUUUUGUUGCAGUUUUUUUUUAAGACUGUUGUGAUUUAAACAACAAAUAUUGAAUGAGAUUGCUUGUAAUGUUUCCUGACAGGUACUUUUAAAAAACAAUUAUUGUAAUGGCUGGAGGCUGACUUAAAAAAACUCAUUGAGUAAUAAUUCCUGUAGGGAAUGCCACUGCCACAGAAUGAAUACUUGUCCCUGAACUUGCAUUCAGGGAACCUGAUGACAGAUUCUAUAGGGGUGGCGCUGUCAUCAAAUGUUUGAGAUUCACAAGUUAUCCCACUGAAGGGAGGCGAGUUGGGUGACAUGGAUAAGAAAACUCUUGUUGAACUGAUAACUUUUUUACAUCCGGCAUUGAACCAAUCAGUAGCCCAUUUUUAGAUUUCAAGAAACUUGUAAACUAUAGGACUAUUUUGUACUCUUUCAGAGGGGUUUUGCUUGGAAAACCAGGAAAAUAUCUGGGAACCACAAUUCACACCAGUUUAUUUUCCAAUGCAAUGCUUUUGCUCUUUUUGGCUUUGUGGUCGGGCUUAUGCAAACGCUCGGGAGCUUAAAGAAAUUACAUUUGUUCUUCAAAAGUAUACAGUUGAAAAUUAUACUAUGACUAACUUAACAGAUGCUAUUGAAUUAUAGUGGAAUUGUUUUCUCCAUUUUUAUGACUCAUUUAUUUCUGUUCUGCUAAAUCCUAAAAGUGAUUGACUUGCAUGGCCUGAAAAGAUUUGGAAAGAAUGGGAUUUAAAAACAAAAAACAAGCACAGACACUGGCUGUAUGCAUGUGUUGUGGCCCGUGAACAGUAAACACGAUUUUCCUGUUCUCUUUAUGAUUGGCGCAUAUAUAUAUAUUCUUUUUUGGUCUUUUAUUGCAUUACAUCUGGGAUGCAAACUUGGAUUACCUGGAAGUAAUGUCAGGGUGCCAUUGAUCUUGACCAAUAAAUGCAAUUUUGUUAAUC